UAAACCCGUAGAGCCUGAAUUGUGUAAAACCCUAAACCCUAAAGACUCCUGCUCCUUCUAGACUCUUCCGUUCUCUCUAAAAGGUGUUGCUUCCCUCUCCUCACGUCGCAACCGAGUUCUCCUCUCUCUCUCUCUCUGAAACCCUCAUUUUCUCUCUCUAAAACCCUUCAUUUCGUGAAGUUACAGCUUCUGCAACUCCCCAGCCAUGUACCGUUUCGCCACCAGUCUCGCUUCCAAGGCUCGGAUCGCUAGGAACAGCACCCAUCAGAUUGGUAGUAGGCUGAACUGGAGCAGAAACUAUGCUGCUAAAGACAUCAGAUUCGGGGUUGAGGCUCGAGCCUUGAUGCUUAAGGGCGUGGAAGAGCUCGCAGAUGCUGUUAGAGUCACCAUGGGCCCCAAGGGGCGUAACGUGGUACUAGAGCAAAGUUUUGGUGCCCCAAAAGUGACAAAAGAUGGUGUAACUGUUGCAAAAAGCAUUGAGUUCAAGGAUCGAAUCAAGAAUGUUGGUGCAAGCCUUGUGAAACAGGUUGCAAAUGCCACUAAUGAUGUAGCAGGAGAUGGUACCACCUGUGCCACAGUCCUUACCCGAGCAAUAUUUACUGAAGGGUGCAAGUCGGUUGCUGCUGGAAUGAAUGCAAUGGACCUAAGAAGGGGUAUCUCGAUGGCAGUAGAUGCUGUAGUGACAAACUUGAAAAGCAGAGCUAAGAUGAUCAGCACAUCUGAAGAAAUAGCACAGGUUGGGACAAUAUCAGCAAAUGGUGAGAGAGAAAUUGGUGAAUUGAUCGCAAAGGCUAUGGAGAAAGUUGGCAAAGAGGGAGUAAUCACAAUUUCAGAUGGGAAGACAUUGUAUAAUGAAUUGGAAGUUGUUGAGGGGAUGAAGCUGGAUAGAGGUUACAUAUCCCCUUAUUUUAUAACAAACCAGAAAACCCAAAAAUGUGAACUAGAAAAUCCUCUUGUUCUAAUCCAUGAGAAGAAAAUCUCGAAUAUACAUGCUGUUGUGAAAGUGCUAGAGAUGGCAUUAAAGACUCAGAGGCCUUUACUGAUUGUUGCUGAAGAUGUGGAAAGCGAAGCACUGGCCACUCUUAUUCUAAAUAAGCUUCGUGCUGGAAUCAAGGUCUGUGCCAUCAAAGCACCUGGGUUUGGAGAGAACAGGAAGGCCGCCCUGCAGGAUCUGGCAACUCUCACAGGAGGGGAGCUUAUAACGGAAGAGCUUGGUUUGAACCUUGAGAAGGCAGAACUGGAUAUGCUUGGCACUUGCAAAAAGGUUACAAUAUCUAAGGACGAUACUGUUAUCCUUGAUGGGGCUGGUGACAAGAAGGCCAUUGAGGAACGGUGUGAGCAGAUUAGGUCAGCCAUUGAAUUGAGCACUUCUGAUUAUGACAAGGAAAAGUUGCAAGAAAGGUUGGCCAAGCUUUCUGGUGGUGUUGCUGUCUUGAAGAUAGGAGGAGCUAGUGAAGCUGAAGUUAGUGAGAAGAAAGAUAGGGUUACAGAUGCUCUAAAUGCUACUAAGGCAGCUGUAGAAGAAGGAAUUGUACCAGGUGGUGGCGUGGCACUUCUUUAUGCUUCCAAAGAGUUGGACAAACUGCCAACAUCAAACUUUGAUCAGAAGAUUGGUGUUCAGAUUAUCCAGAAUGCUCUGAAAACACCUGUGUUCACAAUUGCUUCUAAUGCUGGAGUUGAGGGGGCUGUUGUGGUUGGGAAGCUGUUGGAGCAGGAUAACCCUGAUCUUGGAUAUGAUGCGGCCAAAGGUGAAUAUGUUGAUAUGGUCAAAGCUGGAAUUAUUGAUCCACUGAAAGUAAUUAGAACAGCUUUGGUUGAUGCUGCAAGUGUGUCAUCGUUGAUGACAACAACUGAAGCUGUUGUGGUUGAACUGCCAAAGGAUGAGAAGGAAGUUCCUGCAAUGGGAGGUGGCAUGGGUGGCAUGGACUACUAACGGGCCUCGCAGCUGGUAGACUGAUCUACCUGACAUAACAUUAUUUCCACCCAAAAAAUUCACAUCUGAAAUGAGCAUUAUUAGGGUUUUGUCUUGAAUGAAUGAGCCUUUGUUUUUCCUGUCAUAGGUAAGGCAACCAUGUAAUCAUAGUGAGAGGUCAGUACUUAGGUUCUGAUAAUGGGGGUGAAACUGUCACUGAUAGUGCUUGGAAGGAUUUGAGACUUCAAUUUUUCUCAAAUAAAAAAUUCUCUUCCGUGCA